GCUGCGUUUGCAUGUGCCUGAUGUCGUCACCUGUCAGUUAACUUUUUUGAUCGCGAUCUCGAUGAAUCACAAAUCACCAUCACAAGGCGUAGUAAAAAGUAUAGUAUCAGAUCUUGAUCGACAGUUUAAUAGUUUAAUUUGCAGUGUUGAAUUCACAAAUUAAUUUUUUUAUCGAGAAGGCAAAAAGUAAAAUAUUUCUCUGCUUAUUGCUCGCAUACAAGUAUCGUCGUCAAGUCUCGCUCGGCGCGUGUUUAAAAAACUUGAAAAUAAUACAAGCAUAUUGCACUUUCAAAUGUACUACUUAACAGUCGAGUGCGUAGCAGAUUAUUUGUUUUGAGCCCAUUGGGUCGUGUGUUUGUGUGUGGACAUAUUUUUUUUCAGUUUGUACAGUAAGUUGUGUACGGACUAGAGAUCUAAGAUCAAAACGAAGAUAAAACUUCUAAGUUCUACUUCCUUGCUAAGUACAAGGAAACUUGCGUGGCUGAUUAUUUGAGGAAGCCCAAGUAAAAUAACUUAAAUCAUCACUAUGGCUCCUCCAACGAUGGAAAGGAUACAAACCUUGGAAGCAAUAGAAAAAGAUAUCAUUACCUGUUUGCAAACUGCAGGUCAAGCUUUUAUGGAAUUAAGUAAAGACAAAUCUAAUGUAAAGCAAGCAGAAAACCAUACAGUUCAGUUUGUAAGGACUUUAGCACAAGUUGAAGCUAAACUUAGUGAUCAGAUCAAUUAUUUGACUCAAGUUUCAACAGGUCAACCCCAUGAAGGCUCGGGUUAUGAGAGCCAGAAAGUUUUGCAGAUGGCUUGGCACAGAUUGCAGCACGUAAGGAGUCGAGUAGAAGAGCUGGAGCGCCUCAAAAACAAGCACCUGCACUCGCGUAAUCUUGCUGCUCUGGGUCGACCCCAAGGCCAGCCUCAACAACAGCAACAGCAGCAACAAUUGCAGCAGCAACCUCAACAGCAACAACAGAUGGCUGCAAGUAACGUCGCGGUGCAGCAACCCCAGCCAAAUUCUACGACCUCUUAGUUUGAGAUCUUUUGCAGCCAACGAUAGACGAGACUUGCGCUCCUCCUCCAGCUGCUUGCACAUCUGUGCGACUUGCGUUUGCAGAUCCGUCAUUUG